CCCUUUCACUUCCAGUACCCUCCAAAACCCUAAACCCUAAUAAGCUAUAGCUAGUUUCCAUUUUCCAGAGAAAAUCCACUCUCCCCUUUUCGCCGCCCUUUAAACCCUAGAAAAUCGCCAACCACAGUCAUUCUAGCUCAGCCAUGGCCGCCGUCGAGGUUCGCUCCGAUAAGAAGAAGAAGAAGCAACGCGCCGAAGAUGAAGCACCAGACACUCCCAAACCAGUCGGUGACUUGGACUCACAGCCGGCUCAGAAAGACACCGAUUUCAUGAUCAAGCCACAGAGCUACACUCCCACCAUCGACACUUCUCAGUGGCCAAUUCUUCUCAAGAACUACGAUCGUCUCAAUGUGCGAACCGGACACUACACUCCUCUCCCUUCCGGUUACUCCCCGCUCAAACGCCCCCUCGCCGAGUACAUAAGGUACGGUAUUAUGAAUCUCGAUAAACCCUCGAACCCAUCUUCGCACGAGGUCGUGGCUUGGAUUAAGCGGAUCCUCCGUGUCGAGAAAACGGGUCACAGUGGUACCUUGGAUCCCAAGGUCACCGGAAACCUUAUUGUCUGUAUUGACCGAGCCACCAGGCUCGUCAAGUCUCAGCAGGGUGCCGGGAAAGAGUAUGUUUGUAUUGCGAGGUUGCAUUCUGCGGUGCCCGAUGUCGCCAAGGUGGCUAGGGCACUCGAAACCCUUUCUGGGGCUGUGUUUCAGAGGCCACCCCUGAUAUCUGCUGUUAAAAGGCAGCUUAGGAUUAGAACUAUUUAUGAAAGUAAGCUACUUGAGUUUGACCCAGAAAAGCAUUUGGUUGUUUUUUGGAUUUCUUGUGAGGCUGGAACCUAUGUUCGGACGCUUUGUGUCCAUUUGGGUCUGAUUCUUGGUGUUGGAGCCCAUAUGCAGGAGCUUAGGAGAGUGAGGUCUGGCAUUCUGGGUGAGAAAGAUAACAUGGUUACUAUGCAUGAUGUCAUGGAUGCCCAAUGGGCUUACGAUAAUUAUAGAGAUGAGAGUUACUUGAGGAGGGUGAUUAUGCCACUUGAAGUAAUUCUGACGAGUUAUAAGAGAUUGGUGGUGAAGGACUCUGCUGUGAAUGCCAUUUGUUAUGGUGCUAAGUUGAUGAUUCCUGGGUUGCUGAGAUUUGAGAAUGACAUUGAGGCUGGUGAGGAAGUUGUGCUUAUGACAACCAAAGGAGAAGCAAUUGCUUUGGGGAUUGCAGAGAUGACUACUGCAGUUAUGGCUACUUGUGAUCAUGGUGUGGUGGCUAGGAUUAAGAGGGUGGUGAUGGAUCGGGAUACUUAUCCAAGAAAGUGGGGUUUGGGUCCGAGAGCAUCGAUGAAGAAGAAGUUGAUUGCUGACGGGAAAUUGGAUAAGCAUGGGAAGCCUAAUGAUAAUACACCUCCAGAAUGGGCUAGGAAUUUGGUUUUGCCUACUGGCGGGGAUUCAAUGGUGGCAGGCUUUGCAGCUGCAAGCGAACCCACCAUUGUGGAGAAGCAGUCUUCAGUAGUGGAGGAAGUAACUGGUGAAGAGAAGGAGAAGAAAAAGAAGAAUAAGAAUAAGUGUAAUGAAGAUGAGGGAGGACUUAAGAGAAAAUUAGAUGCAGUGGAGGAUGAAGUUGCCGAGGGCAAAGAGAGUAAGAAGAAGAGGAAGAAGGAUAAGGAGAAUGGGCAUGACGAUGAUGGGGCAAAGUCUGCGAAGGUCAAGGUUCAUAAAGAUAAAGAGGAAGCUACCUCACCUGAAACUGAGAAGUCUGAGAAAAAGAAAAAGAAAAAGAAGAAUAAAGAAGCUGAGGAUGAUGCUGCUCAAUCUCCCAAAGUCACUGGCGAUGACAAGGGUGACAGUGAGGCUGAUAAGAGUGAGAAGAAGAAGAAGAAGAAAAAGAAAAACAAAGAUGCUGAAGAAGAUUAGAUGAAAAGGAUUUGAUUUUUUUUUUCUGUUGUCUAAACUGUUUUUAUCUUAAUGUUUUUUCUUCUGUAGCAAAUUUUGCCUUGGUAGCAUUACUUUUUUUAGCACUCCCCUGAGCACAACUUUUUUACAGUUUGCCUCUUCAUGGCAUAAUUAGUAGUUGAACUCUCAGGGAGAAACCCUUCUUACUAUGGGAAAAAAGAGAGCUCGUGGUUAUGGAUUAGUUAUCUUUUUUAAUUGCAAUGCAUUUAUAGUAGUUAUAGUGCUUUCAUUUUCA